AUGGAGCAGCUUGUAGCCGAGGAGGGACUUGAAGCCGCGCAGCUUGAACUUGAGGAGAGCAUAGCCAUUCCAACUGGCCCCAUUACUCGUUCACAAACUAAGGCACUAAACCAAGAGAUUGGCAAAGUCCUUAGCUGUUUGAGUCAGCAAGAAACCAAGCCAACUACUCUAUCGAAGGUGGUGUUAGAGUUCCAAUUCCGCGGGUCCUCUAGUAUAGCCACUCGAUCCUUUGUGUUCCAAUCCGCUCAAACACUUAGCUUUCAAGCCGAUCUAUUCCGGGGGCGUAUCAGGUGGCGGCUACAAGAUGAAGAUUCCACCGUUCCAUGGCCGGAACAAUCCAGACGAGUAUAUGGACUGGGAAAAGAAGUGCGAAUUCAAUUUCAACUUCACAACAUCAUUGGCGUCAACCGUGUCAAGCUGGCCGUAUCAGAAUUCAACGAUUAUGCGCUAAGAUGGUGGGAGCAAAUCAUUUUGGCUCGCGAGAUAGGUGGUGCCUUUGAGAUCACCACUUGGGAAGAGAUGAAGCGCAUCAUGAGGCAACGAUUUGUCCCUGGCCAUUACCAACGUGAGCUACACUCCAAGCUCAGGAAGCUUACUCAGGGUUCCAAGUCUGUGGAAGAGUAUUAUCAAGAAAUGGAGGUUAUGCUCUUGCGCGCCAAUGUGAUGAAGACCGCGAGGCCACUAUGUCUCGAUUCCUUGGAGAGCCGGACCGAGCGCACUCCACCAGCCAGAACCCGUGAUCUCAAGUGCUUUAGGUGUCAAGGGUUUGGGCAUUAUGCCUCUGAUUGCUUGAACAAGAAAGUGAUGAUCAUCCGCGCCAAUGGAGAGAUUGAGUCCGAGGAGGAUCCAGAACCGGAGAAACCAGAGAAGAAGAAGAACCUGAGGAGUAUGAGGCUGUGCCUGUCCAAGGCAAACUUCUGGUAG